AUGGCCCAAGACCGCAAGGUUUUUGUUGGAGGCGUCCCUCAGGAUUUGAACCAAGACGACCUGUACGCUAUUUUCAGCGAGCAUGCUGGAGUGAAGAAAGCGUGGCUGCAAAAGUGCCGAACCACAGACGAAAGCGGGAACGGCGCCAACGGACCGCAGAAUCACCGGGGCUUCGGCUUCGUGAUAUUUCAUGAUGCCUUGGCAAUCGACGAACUACUGGGGACUGCGGCGUCGCGGUUCAUUGUCCUGCGAAACGGCACAAAACUGGAAGUGAAGCGCGCUCUCAGCAGCAAUAAGAUGAGCUCACCCCAGGCAGACGUCGGUGAUUCGGCAAAUCGGGCGCGUGCGCAGCCACCCUUGCACAUGUCUGGACCGCCGCGAGUGUUGCCUUCGAACAUUGCCAGGAAUGCCCGAACUCCAAUUCAGGCAGACUGGGGCACUCGAUUGCCGAACAACGAGACCAUCCUGAGGCAGUUGUCAUUGAUGCACGGAGCUGGAUACCCUCUGCAAGCGCAGGGCCAGACCUCUCCACUGACAUCACCGCUGACGAGCGCUCCAGCAUAUGCUGCACCAACUUCGGCUACAACAGUGCCCCAGAUUCGUGCCCCUGCAGCUCGUCCCGAUGGGCGCAAUGUGCCUCUGCGGAAUGCCAUCAUGCAGUUCUACGAAGCUCACAGACCCGAAAAGCUGACAGAGCGCGACUUCAUUGACUUCAUCUGCAACGUUUACGAGGGCCGCGAAGCUGAACUGGAUGAGGCACUGCGGUUGAAGUACGGAACCGGUCUUCAACUUCCGCAGCUGUCAUCUUCGAUGCAGUCCAUGACGGAUCCUGGAAGGAUGCCACUCAGCGAUACUUACGCGAGCUUGCAGGAGGCCUGGCUACCACCAGGCAGCGCGUUGCAACAGCAGCAGCUGCAGCAGCACUUGCAGCAGAUCCAGCAGCGCAUGCCGCUUCCUUCACCCUGGCUGACCCCUUCCACGCCGGAUGUGUACAGCAUUGGCUCCAGCCACACUUCAGGUGGGCAGCACAAUACCCUUUUCUCAGACACUGAGGAGGGCCCGGAUUUGAGCUGGAUCGACCAGAUUGUCGGCGAGGAUGGGUUGGAAGUUUCAGAUGAGGUGGUUCGCGCCAUCAUAGAAAAGUCUUCGACAAAGCACCGAACGGAGCUAAUGCAAGCU